UGAUGUGUCAAAGAGAAAUGUGCCAGAAAUCCGCAUGAAAUGAAAGGAAAGAGGUUGAUCGCCUUUCUAAAAAAAAGUCGCAAUGCGGUGUUUAUGAGAUCCAUUUUCUUCUGAAAACCUUCAAAAAAUCCUUCUGAAACUUUCGUGAUAUUAUAUGGUUCUGGCCGCUGUUGAUUGAAAGUAAUUGGAUCAUAAUGUCUAAUAUAAAAAAUUGGAGUGGAACUUUGCCCAAAACAACUUUCUCUCAUGAGCUGCCACAAGAGGACGAAGAAAGGCUAGAGAAACUUUUCAAGAAAUUGGAUAAAGAUGGAAAUGGAAAAAUUGAUAUACACGACCUUUCUGAUGAACUCAAAAAAUUUGGGGUUCACCAACAUUAUGCAGAGAAAUUUCUGAAGAGUUCCAAAUCCAAUGGUGAUCAUUUGUCAUUGGCAGACUUCAUUAUUUAUGUGAGAGAACAUGAAAAGAACUUGAGAUUACACUUUUCUCAUUUGGAUCGUAAUCGUGAUGAAAUGGAGGAGAAGAUUUAUCUGAAGAUUUAUGUAUUGUGUUUGUGUUUUUUUAAAGGCAAGAUUGACUUGGAAGAAUUGGCAGGGGCAUUUAAGGAUCUGGGUAUUCCAUUGGAAAAAGCUGAGGCGAAGAAGCUUUUACAAAGGAUGGACCAAGACGGAAGUUUGAAUAUAAGUUUCGAUGAAUGGAGGGAUUUUUUAUUGCUUGCCCCUAGCCAUGAUAUACAUCAGCUGAUUAAAUAUUGGCGUCAUUCUACGUACCUCGACAUCGGGGAGGACAUGAAUGUUCCCGAUGACUUCACGCAGAGUGAAAUGCAGACAGGAAUGUGGUGGCGCCAUCUAGCCGCGGGCGGCAUAGCUGGUGCCGUAUCACGUACAUGUACAGCCCCCCUGGACAGACUGAAAGUUUUUCUCCAAGUACAACCAACCAAACAGAAGAUUUUCGACUGUUUCAAGGGGAUGCUGAAAGAGGGAGGCAUAAAAGGUUUAUGGAGAGGUAACGGUAUCAACGUUUUGAAAAUUGCACCCGAGACUGCGAUAAAGUUUGCUUCCUACGAACAAGUGAAAAGGCUCAUAAAGGGCGACUCGAAGGAAAACCUUGGCAUUUACGAGAGAUUCAUUGCUGGAGCUCUUGCCGGAGGCAUAAGCCAAACGGCUAUUUACCCCAUGGAGGUGCUGAAGACAAGGUUGGCUCUUCGAAAAACGGGCCAAUAUAAGAGCAUAGCCGAUGCCGCGUUCAAGAUCUACACAAACGAAGGUCCGAAAAGCUUUUAUCGAGGUUACAUUCCCAAUAUUCUAGGCAUCAUUCCCUAUGCUGGCAUAGAUCUUGCUGUUUACGAAACGCUUAAGAAGAAUUACCUCAGUACGCAUGCCUCGGAUGAACAACCUAGCUUUUACCUGUUAUUGGCCUGCGGCAGCGCUUCCAGUACCCUGGGUCAGAUGUGCUCUUAUCCCUUAGCUUUAAUCAGGACAAGAUUGCAAGCUACAACGGUCCACACUUCUAUGGAUGGGUCAGCAGUGAACAUGACAGGGCUAUUCAGGCGGAUAGUGAAAACGGAAGGAGUGACCGGACUCUACAGGGGGAUCACUCCGAAUUUCAUCAAAGUAAUGCCGGCAGUCAGUAUUAGCUACGUCGUUUACGAGUACUCGAGCAGAUUACUUGGUGUGAACAUGACAUGAUGAAGCACUUCGUCUAGGAACAAAUUUUUCUUUAGGAGAUUGAUUGCAUUUCUUGGGGCAGGGCCCUGAGAGCAGAGUUUGGUUGAGGAUAUCCUCCAAUCGUUUUUCUUGUUGAUGAAUUAUUAAUUUAUUUGUACAGAUUGAUAUUAAUUUAAGCUCAAAAUAUUAAUAAGCUUCACCGGCUGUUAAUAUGUUUAAACACCUCGUCAAAAUUUGGAGAAUCUAGGCGGGAAGGAAUUUUUCGAAUGACUACUUUCUGUGAUGGCCUCCGAUUAUAUUUAUAACAGUUUUAUAUAUUUUUAAUAUGCUUAUUCCUAGUGAUUUGAAAGGUGUUACCCAGUGACUAGAAAAUACACGAAUAAAGUAAAUUUUGGAAAUGCGAACCUUGUUUGAAUAGGCAACUGUUUUUUCAUUAUUAACUAUUUGUCAUAUUGUCUAAGUUUGUUCUCAUUUGAAUCUUUUUGAAACUUUUUUUUUAUAAAAUACACUUGAAAUAGGUCGAACCGGUUUGUUAUUAUUUUUCUCACAUUCAUUCCUUCGUUGGUGGAAUAACAAAAUGAUACAAUUCUUUUUUAUUUGAAUAUGUUGACCCAUAUAAUAGACAAUAACAUCACGUAAAUCUACUUUUUUAUAAAUAAUCCAUAUGCAUAUUCCAGGUAAGUAUUUGUUGUUCUGUUGACUUAGAGACUAAAUUUUCCGCAAUUUUCACGAAUAACUGAUAUUUUAUACAGUUAAAUUUCAUACGAUUAGAGUCUUAUAUUCAUGUGAAGGAUGUGUCAAAUUUUGACGAGGAAUAGCGUGCUAACGUAUUCGUGUGUAAAUUUUCCUACCAAAGAUGUAUGACAGCAUUCACUCUCUUACAAUUGUUACGUGAUAAAUAUUUAAAAUUGUUGUAUCUAUGACUUCAAGGUUCUCCGACUAUGGAAAUGUGAUGUACUUAAUAUUUUAAUAAGCGAUAUUUAUUAAAGAAAUCCUAUGUAAUUUAUAAAAAUAAAAUAUUUCAAAUUGA